CCCGUCCCUACAGCAGAGCAGCGCAUCCAUCCUGCUGAGUGAGGAGCCGGGAGGAGCGUACUGAGAGAGAGAGAGAGAGAUACAGAGAGACAGAAAGGGAGAGAGAGAGAGAGAAGAUGGACGGAGUGGGAUCGUUCGGAGCGGGCCGGACCGGGUCCACUAUCGACCCGAUUAGCUUCGCCAAACAGCCGCAGACCAUCCUCAGAGUGCUGUCCUGGAUAUUUUCCCUGGUGGUCUUCGCCUCCAUCGUGAACGAGGGCUAUGUCAACAUGGGCAGCGAGCGUCUCCACUGCGUCUUCAAUAAGAACGCAGACGCCUGUAACUACGGCGUGUUCGUGGGCCUGGUGGGGCUGCUGGCCUGCUCCUUCUUCUUCUUGCUCGACUACAAGUUCGCCUCCAUCAGCUCCGUCAAGGACAGGAAGAAGGCCAUCAUGGUUGAGAUCGGAUUCUCAGGUUUCUGGGCCUUCCUGUACUUUGUAAGUUUCUGCUUCCUGGCCAAUCAGUGGUCUCAAACCACGGCUGACGAGCUGCCACUCAACCAGGGGGCGGACGCAGCCCGGGCGGCCAUCGCCUUCUCCUUCUUCUCCAUAAUCACCUGGGCCGGUCUCACAGUCCGUGCGGUCCAGAAGUAUCUGCUCGGCACAGACAUGACUCUGUUCACCACGGAGCACAUGGACGGCGGCGCCCCCACCCAGCCGUACCCCUCCAACUCACCGGUGGGCGAAACCACCGAGACCUCAGAGACCUACCAGAGCCCGCCGUUCACCGAGAACAACGCAGCGCCCACAUACCAGGUUCCCAUUUACUAGAUAAGGAAGACCUGAUGGAGGAAGAGUAGGUUCAGGGGUGAGGGAUACGAAGAAAGUGAUAUGAAAUCCGCUUUCUGUGAUGUUACACCUGCAGUUGUGUAUGUGUUUAUCUGGGCUGAGUUUUCAGUAAUUGUUGGAGAGAAAAAAAAUGGCCUUUCCUCCUUUGUUCCUUCUUCUUGCUCACUUUUCUUUCCUUAAACACAUUCCAGCUUUCUCUGAAGUCUUUUUCAAGUGUGUGUUAAACUUUGCAAAUCAGAGCAGAUGAGAUGAAAAUAAAUCAACAGGAGGGAAUGUAGAAGAGGAGGCCACUUCGCAGUAUCAAUCACUAUUUUGACAAAAAAUUAAGAGAUGAAGGGAUCAACAAGUGAGUGACUCCACCACAAAGCAGUAUUAGAUUAAAAAAAAUGUGCAGAAACACUCACAUAGCACCUUCAUCCAAAUCCUUUUUUUAGCUACAGUACGGUCUGGUCUUUCCUUCAUCUUUCCCUGUUAACAGAAACCCUGUGUGUUAAAUCUGCAUGUAUCUUAAAUUAGAAAUCAACUAAGUGCCAUACUGUACUGUGUGUCUCAGACAGUGACUUAAUUUAGUAGAUUUCCACAUGCUGUAAAAAAGAAAACACCGACGAUGUUUUGUGACUAAGUGCAAUAUCUCACAUCUUAUCUGUAGGUAGGUAUAUACUGUACUGUAGGUAGGCUAGUUACGUCAGAUUAGACCAAUGAUAGGCACUGUCUCCAAUUACAUACUGGUACUUGAAUUGUACAAAAACGGUAAAAAUCCCCCCAUAUAGACACACAAAAAGACCACAAAGAGAUUUAAAACAAAGACGACAUACAAAACAACUCCAAAGAUAUAUAAAAAACUACAAAGAGACACAAAAGAAACAUUAAAAGACUCAAAAAACAACCAUACAAAUAAACAAAAUGACUACAAAGAGUUGGAAAACUACCACAACGAGAUUUUAAAAGACGACAGAGACAUAAAACAACCAUAAAAAAAGAUAAAAAAUAAACAAAUGGACUACAAAAAGACACAAAACGAUCAUUAAAAUACCCAAACAACUACAAUAAAGUAAUAAAAAACAGCUACAAAUAGACCAUAGAAAAGACUAAAAACAACUACGAAGAUAUAGUAAAAGCUACAAAGACACACAAUGACUUUAAAGAGACACACAACUAUUAUUAAAAGACUACAAAGAGACAUUAAACAACCAUAAACUUAAAACAACUACAAAGACAUCCCAUGGUACCAGGGGCUGUGUGUGAUUUGAGACAGUGUCCUAUGUUGGGUGUUGUGUGUGUAUAAAUCGGGGCGAGUUGGGGGGAUUCUGGGUAAGUCAGGUCUGUUUAUGUUUACGUUUUAGAAGCUGCCAAACUGCCCUGUGUUAUUAUCGCUGUCUUCGGAUUACCACGUUACUACCAUGUCGUUAAUGUCUAUAGGAGUUUAUGUAAUCACAAAGCAGGAUGGGCUUUUAUGUUGGCGGGGUUCAGUCAGUGCAGUCUCAGGCUAAAAGAAAAAAGUGUGUGUGUGGGAGGUUAAGGAUCGCUAGCUGGCUAAUUUACUGAUCCUGCUAUCCUGCCAUUGAGGAAAGAGGGAGGGUCUGGAUUUGUUGCCAUGGUGACAGGGUUGGGUGGACGUUGGGCCCUGAUGUAGAUCGUAACCAUGCCAACCAUGUCGGUGUGUGUGUGUCUGUGUCGUGGUUCACUCGCCAAUCUGUAUCCUGGUGUGUGUGUGUGUGUGUGUGUGGCGUGCAUCCACGUGCAACAACAUGUGCACGUGUGUUAGCAUGCAUUAGAGUGUGGUGUGUGUGACAAAUGUGAGAGUGUGUGUAGUUAAUUCGAUUUUGUGGUGCGGAAAAAGUUAUUUUCUUGAACAUGUGUGUGUCAAAGUUUUAGUGCAGAGGAGGAAACCAUAAGUCUGUUACACACAUUUAAUCAUUUCCCCAAAAUAAAGGUAGUCCUUCUGCUAAAUAGAUAUAUUAUCAGUGUCACUGUCAAGGUGUGUGAAUUACAAAGUGUGUUUUUUUUUUUUUUUUAUGAAAAGAGCCAAAUAUAAACCGAUAUGAUGUAAUUGACCUGUAGAGCGCACAACUGGGGUUUGCAGAGUUAUAAUCAUGAUACUAAUGCAUGAAGUUGUUGUAUAGAUCUCAUUAUAUAUUGAAUACUAUGUAAUUCUUAGGUUGGUUUGCAAAAGUGAGAAUCGCCCGCCUUCAGUGCAGCUGGCAGGAUUCAUUUUUUGUGUUAAAAUAAUCACAGUUUAAUGUCAGAAUUGUGACCACACAGCUCUUUGUUUAUUCAGUGACGUUAUGUAAACCUCAUGAUGUCGUUGGUCACACGUUCCACUUUGUGUUCACGCAUCGCAAAGCUCCAGGGUGAAACUGUACUAGAAUACUGACUGAAACUCACAUUUCCUGCAGCCAUGAACCUAACUUAGUAGGGCAAAAAACGACUCAAAGUUCAGGCUCUGUUUUCGACAUGUAAUCCAAAUAAGUGUACACUCGUAGAAAAGGCUACUCUACACAAACGUGUGCCAACAAAGAACAGGCUCUGUAUUACAGAUUAAGCCCCAAAAAAUGUGUAUCUGAAUAAAAAGGGUUAUCAACUCUCGCAAAAUAAAUGAUAAUCAAACAUUAUGAAGUAACAAUGCAGAUUACAGAUGUGGUCCUAAGGAAAAUGGAUGAGGCAAAUAUGUGUUUGUUCUAGGUAAUAAGGAUUUAAUCAUUAGUAAUUAAGAUUGACCUGUGAGCAUGACCAGACUGUGUCAGCAAAACAUUUUCAAGUACAUGUUAUAAAAUGAGGGAUAACAAAUUAGUAUUAGGGUGCAAAUUAAAGUCUUAUUAUCCUUUUAUCUUCAACUUGUGUCAAUAUUAGAACCAAUUACUCCCUGAAGUUUUUAGAAGAACACCUAGUUAAGCGAGUACACGUUAUAAAUGAAAAGACAAAUUAAGAACACAUUAGUAUUUCCUUUUAUAUUGUUUAAGGAAAUGGUACAAAAUUGAAGUUUCCUACAAUGUGUGUCAACAUUACAACUCCUUUUUUAAACAGCUAUUAGCCUUGUUUGUUUUUUUCAAAUAUUAUACGCCCAAUAGCUGCUCAAACUUCAAAAUAAUGAAACUCUGACACAACAUUCAAGUUAUAAUCCUUCAAGCAUGAACAUAUAUGCUAAUAAACUAUGAAAAAAACGCUGGUACAGUUCUUUAAAUCUUCCGUAUAACCUGUUAACUGUGGUCAGGUGAGACUGGGGUAUUGAUGGUGGUUUCAGGUAACACCAUUACGUAGUUUGGGGUACAGUCAGGUCAGGAUGUGAUAUUCUUCUCAGUGCUUUAGUCUCUUCAGUCAGUCAGUGUGUUAGAUAAAAAAAUAACGGCAGCAUUCCUGUUUUGUGCUCUGGCCCAUGUACACUACCGUGGUAUUGGUUGAUUGUAAAAUUCAGUACGUUAUUGAAGUAAAUGGAACCUGUGUGUGAUGCUGUCUAGGGUAUGGUUUUUCCUGUACUACUAAAAAAAUCAAAAAACAAUAUUAAUGAUUAUUUAUGAACUAGAAGGCACUCUUUGUUGGAAAUACUUUGUUUGACCACUCUUGAAAGCGCCAAAAUCAGAGUUUUAAGUGCUGUCGUUUCUGUUGGACUGAGGUUUUAAAAGUUGAUGAUCUGUAGUAACGCGGGUGCCAUCAGUUGUGUGGUUUCCAGUAUAAUACAUUGCAUGGAUGUUACAAUAUCUCCCCCACAUUAUAUUGAUAAUACAAAUGUACCUCCCCCUCAUUGAUCAACAGAUAAGUAAACAUUGAUUUUUGUAGCGUGCUCCCCCUUUAACAUGUUACUUCUGAGUUGUUUCUUCCUGUUCUGAAGGUGUUUGACCUCUUCAGUGUAAAGCGCUGUGUACAGAUGUGUGUCACUGUCUAUUACCUGAAUGUCUCUGGACUGCAGUCUGACCGUCACUCGAAUAAAAAAGAAAACAUGUUUUGGACUGCC